AUGCACAUAGUGGAAUUCAGUCCAGGUGGCAGCGACGAUGGUUCAGGUGUUGUUACUCUUCUGGAAGUUCUCUCGAAUCUGGUCAAUGAUCCUAGCAUCACAUUCGAUCAAGUACAUCUCAUUGUUUUAUUCACUAGUGCCGAAGAACUGAGUUUGGGAGGUGCUGCAGCAUUCAUUAGUAAUCAUACUUGGAAAGCAAGCGUCCGACGAUUCAUCAAUAUUGAUUCAACUGGUAGCAGCGGUAAAGCCAUUCUUUUUCGUGUCAAACCAUCACAGGUUGUUGUUGACUAUGCACGAGUACCAAGACCUCAUGCCAAUGUCAUUGGAAAUGAAAUUCUGGAUUUGCUCGGAAGAGACACAGAUUACAGCGAGUUUGCCACGCGUGGUUUAUUGCUAGGGUACGAUUUUGCAUUCUACCUCGAUGGUUAUAGUUAUCAUACGUUACUCGAUCGACCAUCGACUGUCGAAGAAGGUGCUCUGCAGCAUCUAGGUGAGAAUACACUUGCUCUAUCUCGUGAGAUUCUUCUUGGUCGUGUCAAUCUUCAGCAAUCAUAUAGCACCGUAGAAGACGAUAAUCUUGUCUAUUUUGAUCUGCUCGGUCGAUAUCUGACUACCUAUAAAAUGUCUACAUCGACUAUUGUGCAAGCUAUUCUUAUCGGAUUAGUUGUUCUCAUCGGAAUUCUAAUGAUUGUACUAGAUCAUCUUUGGCAACGACAGCAUCCUUCAUCGGACGAUUCUCUUUCUAUCUACUUCUACUUCAAUUAUGCUAUCAUCAUGCGAAUCUCGUUCAUUUUCAUAUUCGUCUUAUCGUCUCUACUUUCAAUUAUUCUCGGUAUUCUACUUCCCGUUGUCGUUGCAUUUCUCAUGUCGAAGAUUCAACCUUUGUCAUGGUUCGGUAAUUCAACUUUAGCCUUUUUUCUCUUUGGUCUUCCAUGUUUGAUCGGUAUGAUUUCUGCGGAAGCACUCUGGGCAAUAUGCUAUCGAUGGAUUCUAGCGAAAUGGCCAAAAAAAGAUUCAAGUCAUAUGAAAUCAGUCGACACAGAUCCUGUGAAUCGACGUAGCUUCGACUUUGAACGGCAUGCUGCAUUGCUCCUUGUCUAUACUAUUCUUAUGAUCGUUUCCAUUUGCCUUGGUUAUCGUUCUCUCUACAUGAUUCUUAUCUGGUCAAUUUUCGUCUGUCCAAUUUAUCUACUAUUGAUACUGACUGAAUUCGGUUGUCAUUGGGCCCAUUAUCAAAUACCACGAUUUUUUGGCGAACGGCGAUGGUACUGGACAUUUGCACCUUAUAUUGCCUCUCUAUUUCCCCUCAUUCAUUCAUUCGAAAUGACAAGCCGUCUUCUUCGUAUGACAAUGCCGAUGAUGGGUCGUAUGUUUCAAACACUACCUGUACCACAUGAUGUUGUAAUCAGUGUUAUAAUAGCUCUCCUAGCCGCAUUAUUCUUCCUCAUCUUUAUUCCAAACAUGCAACGAACAUUGUAUUUUGGUCGGACAUUAAUUUUACUUGCCUUCGCUUUUCUCAUCGUCUUUAUUAUUGCGUGUACACGACAUCCAUUCACUAAUACACACCCAAAAGUUAUCACUGUACGACAUGUGUCACAAUCGGUCUAUCGAAUCGAAAUUCCGACCAAUCUACCAGUUCUCGUUCCAUUCAUUUCUCGUUCAGCAUCGAUUACACUUGCAUCAUAUGAUAAUAUAGGUCUGUCACCAAUUCUCGAUGAGUUUUCAACUAAAACAGGUCAGUCAUUAGCCAAUCGACAGUGUAUAAAGUCUACGAAUUGCACAUUCGAUGAUACAUUCAAUCGUAUCAUGGCUAUAAAAGAAGUCGAAUUAACAUCAAUAACGAAUACUAUAAAUUAUAAAUUGAUAUUUCGACAUGUUUCGUCUUAUCAGAUUGAAGUUUCUUCGGCAACCGUAGCCAAUAUGACUACAGAGAACUCAUCGGUGAAGCCAAGAACAGAAACGAUCAUCAUUGUGCAAUCAUUUCCUUUCACGUCGAACUUCAGUAUUGAAAUGAAAAUUGAACAGUGUGAUAUUGCAGAUUCUCCAUUUCUCAUGUCUCUCAUUCGUACGAUCCCUUAUGUGGUGAUGUGGGGACGUGGUCGAUGCCAGGCAAUCCUUGACAUAGUCACAUUGGUGAUUACUAUUUCAUGA